AUGGAGAAGCUCUCAGGGAAGUCACUGCGCUGGUCCCUGGCCUCUCUAGAGCAAAGGAAGAAAAUCAUGAGCCAGCUGGCAGAUAUAUACAUCGAAUUGGAGUCAUACCCCUUCGGCAUCAUGGGGUCUCUGGACCGACCAGGGACUGAUCAAAUCGGACCUUUCGCACGAGAAUCGUUGACGAACUAUUUCAAUUCGGAGAUUCUUCCUCUCGGUCCUUACAAUACUCCUAGAGAAUAUCUUUCCGCCAGUAUUGAACUGAUACUAGGGUUGAUCAUGAAAGGGGAAAGCUACGCAGGACGUGAAAUAUAUGCAUUCUUAGUCCAUCGCUUUCUUAUGGAUUCUGUUUCUGAGGUUUUGCUACAACACAAAUUUGACGACGAUCGCUUUUACUUGAGAUACGCGGAUGAUAAAGGAGAUCGCAUCCUCAUUAAUGAUGAUUAUGAUAUAACAGGCAUCAUCGACUGGGAGUGGGCUUAUACAGAUUCGAAGUCUGCGGCGUUCAAGUCUCCAAUCAUGCUUCUUCCCGUCGCGGAGUUUUACAACGGGGUCAAUAAGAUUGGCGAGGAUGAGUCGACCUUUGCAACAAUACUGGAGACGAGAGGCCAUCAAGACCUUGCAGACUUAGUGAGAAAUGGCCGAAUUCUUCAUCGAUUCCAGUUCUGUUGCGGGUACGACUUCGCCGAUUGGGAAGGCUUUUUGGGUCUUUUUCAAGGUCUCCGAAAUGCCUUGAACAAAGAUGCAGACAUAAGCUGGGAAGUUUGGAAACAGAAUGCCUUGAGGAGAUACUCGGAUGAUGAACGGUUGAAAGAACUCUUGGCGCGGUAUCAGGCAACAUGA